CCAAACUGCUCCCAUUAUUUCCUCCUCUGGAAACCCUCUCUCUCUCUCUCUCUCUCUCACUCCUCGUUUCUGCUGCCCUGCCCUCUUUAAACUUCAAUUCUUUUUUUCUUUCUUUAUACACCCUAGUCUAUCCCAAAAGGCUACGCCUUUGCUCUCCCCUUUUCUGUCCUUCUAAGCUGAAACAGUAACUGCUUAAAUUAGACAGAGACAUCAUGCAAAUCAUAAGGUACUCAUGAUAUAAUCACGGCCCACAACCUAAGCUACCUCCUCCUCCUCUUUCUCCCUUUCUGCCUUCCUGCCUUUUUCUUUUUCGAUCAUUCUUUCUCUCAACACAAUUUCUUUCCACUUUUAUCUGCUUUAAUUACCAUAAUGUAUUUCGCCUCCAGCCAGAUCAUCAAUGCCAUGAACAGUACUACUGCACCUUCCACCGCCCCCGAUCUCUCUCUACAGAUCAGCCCCCCUUCAGCAAUAGCAUAUGAUGGUAAUAAUCGCAAUCAUGGGAUGAUGACGGCGAUGUUGAGAAUGCCCCACUGCGGCGGCGGUGGCGGCGAUCGGAGCUCCUUGACGACGGAUUCCGGCAGCAGUGGAAGCGAUUUGAGCCACGAGAAUGGGUUUAAUAGUAACCUGCGGCAGCAGGUUGUUGAGCCUCAUUUGAGCCUAGGGUUUGAAAUGGCAGCCGGAUUUAAUCAUUUUCCGGUGCCGCCGACGCCCAGACAUUAUCCCCACAACAGAUAUCAUCAUCAUCAGCCCCAAAUAUAUUCCGGCUGUGACUUCAAGAGAAGCUCCCGAAUGACGAGCACUAGUGUCCGAAGAAGCGUCCGGGCGCCGAGAAUGAGAUGGACCUCCACUCUCCACGCCCAUUUCGUCCACGCCGUUCAGCUGCUCGGCGGCCAUGAACGAGCAACGCCAAAGUCUGUACUGGAACUGAUGAACGUGAAAGAUCUAACCCUGGCUCACGUGAAGAGUCACUUGCAGAUGUAUAGAACAGUGAAGAGCACUGACAAAGGAACAGCUGCUCAAGUGGUGCAGACAGACAUUGAAUUGAAAUGUCCAUACGGGCCUCCUGGAAUUGAAGAUGGAAAGUCAGAUGUUGAUAUUACUACUCCUGGCACUGUUUAUGCCCCAUUACCAUUACCAUUACCUGAUGCUCCACAUGCACUACAAUCAUUACAAUUGCAUACUCCAUUACAAUAUGCUCACAGGGGUUCUUGGUGUUCAUCUCCAGAUCAAAACCUGGUGCCAAGCCCUUCAUGUCAAGGUCCCUGGGCUAGUAAUUUUCAGACACCAGUAGAUGUAACCAAGGGAGAUGGAGAUAGAGCAGCAGGCAAGAAGAUGGAAAUGGUUAGUAGUAAUAGCAGUAGGGAGUACGGAGGAGGAGCAGAAGAAGUUUUGGUGGAUCUCGAAUUUAGCUUAGGAAGACGAAGCUGGCAAAUGGACACCUCUAAUAAUAAUAAUAAUAAUAAACCAUCUCUUCUUAGAUGUUAAGUAAUAAAAUUAGCUCUACUCAUUUAGUGCUUCCAAUUAAUGUUACCAUCUUAGCAUAAAUUAAAGGUUUCGUUUGUAUUAAUUAA